AUGGCAUCUGCAGGUCUCCAGAUCUUUGGCAUCUUUUUGGCGGCCGUCGGCUUUUUGGGAGACAUCAUCAUCUGUGCCCUGCCGAUGUGGAAGGUGUCUGCCUUUGUUGGGAACAACAUUGUGACAGCGCAGAUCUUCUGGGAAGGUCUGUGGAUGAACUGUGUGAAGCAGAGCACUGGACAGAUGCAGUGCAAAGUGUACGACUCCAUGCUGGCUCUGCCCCGAGACCUGCAGGCUGCCCGGGCCCUGGUGGUCAUCUCCAUCUUGGUCGUCUUUAUGGGAAUCCUGCUUGCUGUCGCAGGCGGGAAGUGCACCAACUGCAUCGAAGACGAGUUGGCCAAGAGUAAAGUAGCCAUUGCUGCAGGUGUGUUCUUCAUUGUUGGCGGGAUCCUGUGCCUCAUCCCCGUGUCCUGGUCUGCACACGAGAUCAUCAGGAACUUCUACAACCCCAUCGUGUCUGACGCACAGAGGAGGGAGCUGGGAGCCUCGCUGUUCAUCGGCUGGGGAUCUGCAGGACUCCUGCUCAUCGGAGGGGCUCUUCUCUGCUGUCAAUGUCAGGAGCGUAAGGACAGCAGAUACUCUGUCAAAUAUUCUGCUUCUCGCUCAACAGCCAGUGCAGGAGCCUACGUUUGA